GCUUCCCAGCAUGCCCUGAAGGAGCUAUCCUCCGCCCAUGGCCUGGUGGAUGUAUGGAGGAGGAUGCAUACACAAACUGCAGACAGUACACAUGGUCCCACCUCAGAGAGAGUAGGAUCUAUCAGCCAGAAUAGAUUGUAUUUAUUGUUUUAAGCAUCGUUUUAUUUUUUUUAAAGUGUAUAAUGUCGUUCCUUCUGGUUUAACUGAUCAUUCUUUGCUUUUGUGUAAUGUUUUUAUUAGAAAUGUGAAACCCAAAAGCGCAUAUUGGUAUUAAUUCAAGUCAUAACAUUUGAUAAAAAAUUUAGAGAGGUCCUUAUUUAUUUCUGGCAUGGUUUUAGUAAGAGGAAGGGUGGUUUUAGCAGUGGUGGGACCAUGGUAAGACAGAUAUCAAGCUUUAUGUCAGCAGCACACCCUCAACGUGAGUCCACAGGAGAUCGAGGAUAUGUUGAAAUCCUCAAGUUGAAAACACUAGCUUUAGCCAACCAGCUGGACGUAAAAGGGUGCACUGGUCCGGUCCCGAUUCCAGACCAUCUCAGAGAUGGAUAUUAGCUUCUUCUUCGGUCUGGAGAAGGAGAGUGGACCCAAGGGGGUGAUCCGCACUUUGUUAGCAGACACAGGGGAGAAGAUGAUCUGCAGCAUCCUGCUGCUCAUCAUCCUGACCUCCUGUGUCUCUGGAACAUUAGUAGUGAAUGUGACCCAGACCUCCUAUCAGGCAGAGGAGAACCAGCACAUCACACUGGAGUGGACCUUCACAACCAACCCUCACACUUCCUCCAAUUCUCUGAAUAUAUUCUGUGAACUGUUAACUGAUCUCAGACCCUCAGUCCUGUUUCGUCUCCAUGAAGGAGUUGAGGUCCCAGAGUCUCAGGAUGAACAGUUUGCAGGACGAGUCCAGUGGGACAAAGAUGUCCUCAGAGAAGGACGACUCAGACUUCAUGUGUCCAGACUCAGGACUGAAGACUCGGGACUGUACCUGUGUGAUGUGCUCACAAGUUAUGAGAGUAACUCUGGUAAAUGUUGGCUCAAUGUUUCUGCAGCUGCUGAUGAGCCCAAACCUCAGAGACCAACAGUGAGACCAGAACCAGAGAGUCGGGGAAACAUCUGGAUCCUCUACGCUGGACUGGCAGCAGCAACAGUUGUACUGAUUAUCUGUAUUAUUUGUUUUAAAUCUAUUAAUAAGAAAAGAAACAUAUUUUCUGUCUCAAACGCCUCUUUGUCUUCAAUCCUCUGAUGUCCAGCAGCAAUGUUUCUAUAUUACGUUCUGUUUGUGUCGUUGCUUUGUUUGCUCUUCCUUUAGUCUCAUGUCUCCUCCAGCAGAACAAGUCAGAUCCAGAACUGGUCCAGAUGUGAGGAGACAUUUAGCAGCUUCACUUCUUACGUUCUGGGUCCAAACUGUUUGAAGGAAGAAACAUAACAUCAGUUACACAUCUCUACUGAUCAAUAAAUACUUAUUUUAAGUACUACAUUUAGCUGAUACAUACUUACUUUAACUUAAGUAAGAAUGCAGAACUUUGACUUGUGGAGUGUUUUCACAGUGUGGUAUUGGUGCUUUUUAAGGCCCAACACAACAUGGACCAACCAGGACCAGGUCUGGUAUAUGUGCUGAUGUGCACAUGUGGGUGAUUGGGAAAUGAGACCCAGGUGAUCAGGAUGAGGAGAGUCUGAGGACACCUUGUGGACAGGUGGAGAAGAACAAUAAGUUUUCACAGAGCUGCAGAGGGAAGUAGGGGGGUAUGUCUAAGAAGAGGGACAGAGAGGCAGAUACUUACUCUAACUAUGAAGCAGGGGUGUGCAUGUUUUAUACUGAGGACAGUAAGUAUGUCAAAAAGAAAAGAAAAACAGGAUAUGUGAAUGUGUUGAAACUUGAGUGGGACCAUCAUGUCUCUUCAUGUCCUCCAGCGGUCCCAGUUGUGUCUCCUGCAGUUCAAAGUUCAGACUGAGCUGCAAUUUGCAGGACGAGACAAACACUUUCAAUCUAGAAAGGUACAACUUGGUUUUAACGGGACGUUUUACAGUAACGUGUUGAGAUCCACAGUUAUACUUUAGAUGUACAAACCUGCAGGACUCAACCCCAGAACACUUAAACUCUCUACGUCUUCAGUAACAACUCAUGUGUGGUCUCCCUUCCUAUGUUCAGCCUUUUGCCAAAUUCUGACAGCCCAGUAUGUAUUCUGUAUUUAAAUAUGUAAAAUAGGGUUAAAGAAUAAACUCUUUCAUCAUUAUUAUUAUGUUACAAAUAACACAAUUCAACCAACAUUAAUUAAAAAUAAAAUACAUAAAGGCCCAUGAAUAGAAAAAUGUAUUUAAUUAUAUCUGAUAAAUGUUCAUGAGUCUUCCUGUAUGUUACUAUGAGACAAGUCAAUUAUAUUCAGCUGAAUAUCCCAGAUCACACAUUUGCCUCAAGAAACACCCUCUCUUUAUAUUUGACCCUAGAUUGAAUUAAGGAAAAACUCCCCCAAAAACUUUAACAACAGAGAGCGACAGAGGAGGACCCCUCUCUCUGGAUGAAUAGAUAUGCAAUAGAUGUGUACAGAAUAACCAACAAAAUCAAAUAACAGUAUAGACAGAUGACUUCUUAAUCAAGUCUGGAUGAUACAUAGAUGUGAAUUAAGAGUGUCUUUUAUCUUCUUUAUUAUCUAACAUGAUGAAAAGUGCAGCUGUGAGUUCUGACCUUCUGUCCAAAUGUAUAUAUAGCUUUUAAUAUGAUUUCUAAUAUGAUCCUGUAAUUGACCCUCAGUGUGUUUAAAUCUGUCUGUUAUUUCCUGUCUCACUGAAUGUGUUUUAAAGGUUAAAGAAAAGCUGUGGAGUUAAAGAGUAACCAGCAGAGGGAGCUUUUCACUGGGAGUCAGCUGGUCUUGUUGAAGGAGUUGAUCAUCAAGUCUCCACAGUUAACCUGCAUGCUAUCAGCUCAGCAUCAUAACACACAUGAAUGGAAGAGUUGGUGCUCCGGUUGCAUUGUGGUUUAAAUGUCUCUGGAACUGAAAUUCAGGAAUAAGAAGAAGAAGAAGAAGCAGGAAGAUGUCUCCAUAUUGUUCUGUGUGCUUUCUUUAUUUAGUGUAAUUUACAUCAUUUGUUUCACUUAAUUUCAGCAGCAAUAUAUUAAGUAACAUAUUUUCCACCAUUAAUCAGUUGUGUUAUAUGACUCAGGGUCACUUUUUGUGCACAGCAUUUGUUUCAAACAACUUUGUUUGUGAGAAACUAGUAUUUUCUGUCUCUGUGGUACAAAAUUGAAU